GACUAACAAGGAGCUAGGAAUGACUUCCGGGUUAUUCGACCUUUUCCAAUCUCGAUCUUGUACCAAGGGCCACCAUGGUGCGAAUGAACGUUUUGGCAGACGCCCUGCGGUGCAUCUGCAAUGCCGAGAAGCGAUGCAAGCGCCAAGUUCUGAUCAGGCCAUGCUCAAAGGUCACUGAAAAGUUCCUCAUUGUCAUGAUGAAGCACGGUUACAUUGGUGAAUUUGAGAUCGUAGAUGACCACAGGGGAGGCAAGAUCAUUGUCAACCUAAAUGGCAGACUCAACAAGUGUGGUGUGAUCAGUCCUCGCUUUGAUGUACCUAUCGAAGACAUGGAGAAAUGGACCAGCAAUCUCCUUCCAUCUAGACAAUUUGGGUAUGUCGUGCUGACCACAUCGGGGGGUAUCAUGGAUCACGAGGAGGCGAGGAGAAAACACGUUGGUGGCAAGAUCCUGGGCUUCUUCUUCUGAAAGCAUGUCCAGAAAACAUGGUGUUGUAAAAUCCACAACAGCAACAAAAAAUUGAUAAAAUAAACAAAAAAAAUGAUAAAAUACAGUUAAA